UCGAAGGACUUCUGACUUUUCAACGCUUUCCUCUCUUUCUCUCUCUUUAUAUAUAUAUAAAACGAAAACGGAAUUCCUUUCUCAUCUCCUUUGGACGAGCGAAGGCGAAGAUCGGUCGUUUCUUGCCUUCCUCGCUCCAUUUUCUUCCAUUCCGAAACUACCCUUGAAAGCGAAGAAAAAAAAAAAAAGCAACCAUGAACGAGAAGGCGCACGUCACCAAAGAGCUCAAUGCCAAACACACCAAGAUAUUGGAGGGUCUUAUGAGGUUGCCAGAAAAUAGGGUGUGUGCUGAUUGUAGUAACAAGGCCCCACGAUGGGCAAGCGUGAACCUAGGGAUCUUUAUUUGCAUGCAAUGUUCUGGUAUACAUCGCAGUCUUGGAGUGCAUAUAUCCAAGGUCCGGUCUGCUACAUUAGAUACAUGGUUGCCAGAGCAGGUUGCCUUGAUGCAAUCCAUGGGUAAUGUGAAGUCCAACAGCUAUUGGGAAGCAGAACUACUGCCAAAUUCUGAAAUAGUUGGGACUGAAUGCUUCAUCCGUGCAAAGUAUGAGGAGAAAAGAUGGGUCCCAAAGAAAGCAGCGCAGUCACCCCAUAAAUUAGGAGAAGAGUGGAGCUCCAAUGACGAGUCAGGGUCAGGGCAUUCUAACCACUCAAGGAAAUCCUCUCUUGAGGCAGACAUUCCUAGGCAUUCUAACCACUCAAGGAAAUCCUCUCUUGAGGUAGACGUUCCUGGUAGGCGCAGUACUGGGCAUUCUAAGCACUCGAGGAAAUCCUCUCUUGAGGCAGACAUUCUUGGUAGGCUCAGUACUGGGCAUUCUAACCACGCAAGGAAAUUCUCUCUUGAGGCAAUCCUUCCUGCUUGGGGUGGUAAUGGGCAUUCUAACCACUCAAAGAAAUCCUCUCUUGAGGCAGAAAUUCCUGGUAGGCGCAGUAAUGGGCAUUCUAAUAACCAUUCAAGGAAAUCCUCUCAUGAGGCAGACAUUCCUGGUAGGCACAGUAAUGGGCAUUCUAAUAACCAUUCAAGGAAAUCCUCUCUUGAGGCAGAGAUUCCUACUAUGUCCAUGCCACAAGUGACCAAUGCAAGAACUGACUCAAAAUUUCAUCAGGGUUCCUCAGAUAUGAAGGUGCCAAAUCUCUUGCCCCCAGGGCAUCCACCACAGACAAUGGAGUCCGUAUUGAAAACUCCUAUACCAAACGUUGAUUUAACUGUUGAUCUCAUCGACUUGCUUUCUUCGGAAGCCCCAAAAGAGAAUGUCACUGUAUCAUCUUCACUGGACAACUGGGCAAGAUUUGAAUCUGCAGGACCAUGCACAUCCCUAGAAGCUGUGGCUGUAAAAUCAAUCCCAAAUGGGAAUGGCACCAGUGCAUCUUCUCCAAUUGGAAAUUCUUGGGCAAAAUUCUAGUUGGCAAUCGGCAGCCGCAGACGGAGCAGCUUCUUCACUGAAAGCUGAACCUGUAAAAUAAAUCACAAGUUUGUCCAUUGUCAAGGGUAGAAGAUGCAUUUGAAGAUUCAUGAGAUAGCACAGCCAACCCACCAGCCCACAGUGAAGAAAUGAAGGACAUGAAGGAUGACGAUGUCAUGAACCUCUUGAAAAAGGAGGAAAACAUCGAUCCUACUACCAGCAGCAUAGCAGCAAACAACUUCAAGAACCUAUCAACUCAUCUGGCAGAAUACCAAUCACCACCUCCACGCCAUGCUCAAGGAGUUCUCCUUUGUUCCCAUAUGGGUGUUUCAGGUAAGCAUGCUUAUCUGUCAAAAUUGUCCAAUCGACAUGUCACUUCUUGGAUCGGCUAUGGCACAGGAAUUGAAACUAUCUGCACAUCCUUAAGGCCACUCAAUCAAUGACCCACCUUUUGAGGAGACCAUAGACAAUAAUUGCAUUGAUUGUUUCCAACACCUUUUUAAUGCAGUUUGGUCUGAAGACAAUGAACUGGUACCAAUAUUGAGAUUAGUCCAUAGAAAAUUACACUUAUUUGUGGCCCAUCCAAGAGGUGGUUGAUCGAGCAGUCCAGCUAAUUAAGAAAAUAUACUAAUUGUAGAAUAAUGGCAUGGUUCACUUCAUAGCUAAAGUUCAAGGUACAUGAGUAGGUGAUUGAUCAAACCUCAAGUCUAUAUAGAUAA